AUGAGGUACGGAUUGAGAGUGUUCGCACACGAGCAGCUGCAAAGAGAGCGGCUCAGACAGACGAAGAAAGGUGCAAAGAGAGCGGCUCAGACAGACGAAGAAAGGGAGACUGAGAUACGAGAACGUCAUCUGCGUACGUCAAUUGGAUCAGCACGUCAUUGCACUCCAGCACGUGACAUACUCUUUGAAGUAUUGAAGAUCUCCGGUGCUGCAUUUAAUUACGACUCAUCUCUUGAUUAUUCAAAUGCGGCGCAGAUUGGAUCGAUGUCUCAGAGCUGCGGGAACUGUGGAGCAUUGAAAUGGCAGAAGGAAACGAAAGGCAUGUGCUGCUCGAAUGGCAAAGUUUCUUUGCCAACACUUACUGCUCCUCCAGAACCUCUCCAAACUCUGCUAAAAGGAGAAACAGCAGAGAGCGGUUAUUUUCUCAAUAACAUGCGCAAGUACAACAGCUGUUUUCAGAUGACGAGUUUUGGAGCUGACAAAGAAGUCACUGAGCAUGGCUACAUGCCAACUUUUAAGGUUCAAUGGCAAGUUUAUCACACUAUCGGCAGUCUUCUUCCAAUGGCCGGUGAAGAGGCCAAGUUUCUCCAGAUCUACUUCAUUGGAGACCCAAAAGACCAGGCUAAACGACGAGGUCAGGUUAUUCCUGGAACCAGGCUCCCCAUUAUCCGGUCCCUUCAAGACAUGCUUCACAAAAACAACUAUUUGGUCCGCAGUUUCAAGUACGCAUUUGAAAACCAUCCAGGAAGAGAGUUUGACAUUGUCAUCAAUCCUGACAAGGUACCUUCGGGGGAACAUCGUCGUCGCUUCAAUGCUCCUGUUGUUUCUGAGGUGGCAGCUGUCAUUUCUGGGUACGAGAAGGAACAGCGUGACAUCGUAAUCAGACACAGAAACAAUGAACUGAAGAGGAUCAGUUCAUCUAAUAGGGCGUACGACGGACUUCAAUAUCCACUCAUCUACACCAGAGGUGAAGACGGCUACUAUUGGCAAAUCUACAAGCAAGAUUCAGGUGGCGGUCCAAUAGACAAAAAGGUGACAGCUAUGGAGUUUUAUGCAUACCAUCUAAUGUUACGGCUAGGUUCUUCAGACCACCUCUUUCGUGAGCGAGACCUUUUUCAUCAGUUCUUGGUAGACACGUAUGCGAAUAUCGAAAGUGAGCGACUUGCUUACAUUGUCAGCCAUCAAAAAGAGCUUAGGGUAGACGAUUAUGCUCACCUUCGCGAUUCUAUCAAUAACGAUGCUGCCCAUGGCCAUGAAUGA